GGGGAGGAGGGUUGCACAUUUUACAGCUCACUGACCAUUUGGCGAUCCAUUGAGAGGAGGGUUUGGAAAAGUGGCUCCUUUGUGACAGCUCUCGCCAGAUUGGGGGGCUGCUGAUUUGCAUCUCAUUAGCCAUGCGGGCGGCCGGUGGAAUAUAAGUGUGGCAGGCGCCGGCGAGAGCCAGAUCCUCUGCACGCACCCGCGGAGACCCGACCGGGCCGAGGGCAGAGCGCAGGGGAACCCGGGCAGCCGCGGCGCAGAUCCUCCUCCCACGGCCCGGCCCCUCCGGUCCUGCGCGUGUGUACUGGAUGGCAUUGGCUGGAUUCAUCGGAAAGACGCGGAUCUUUGCUGUGACACCGGAGAUCAGAGCCCGGAGUGCUCCCGGAACGACUGCCGCCGCCGAGUGACACCGGGCCGCGAUCCGCAGGGGCCGCCGCGCACACCCGCCGCGGCCGACCGUCCCCUCCGCGCUCGCCGCUGGCCCCGGAUUAUCGCCUCGCCCGUGGGAUUUCCAGACCGCGGCUUUCUAAUCGGCUCCGGAGGAAGCUCUGCAGCUCUCUUGGGAAUUAAGCUCAAUAUCUGGAUUCUCUCUCUUUCUCUCUCUCCCCCUCCCUCUCCUGCGAAGAAGCUUAAGACAAAACCAGGAAGCCGGCGACCCUCACCUCCUCGGGGACUGGGAGGAAGGAGGAAAACGAAAGUCGCCGCCGCCGCGCUGUCCCCCGAGAGCCGCCUUUCCUCGGGCAUCCCUGGGGCUGCCGCGGGACCUCGCAGGGCGGAUAUAAAGAACCGCGGCCUCGGGAAGAGGCGGAGACCGGCUUUUAAAGAAAGAAGUCCUGGGUCCUCCGGUCUGGGGCGAGGCGAGGGAGCUUUUCUGCCCACGCUCCCCGGGGCCCAUCGAUCCCCCGCGCGUCCGCCGCUGUUCUAAGGAGAGAAGAGGGGGCCCCGCAGGCUUGCGCGUGGGGCGAAGCAGCAUGGGCGGUCGGUGCGCGCUGGCCCUGGCGGUGCUCUCGGCCUUGCUGUGUCAGGUCUGGAGCUCAGGGGUGUUUGAACUGAAGCUGCAGGAGUUCGUCAACAAGAAGGGGCUGCUGGGGAACCGCAACUGCUGCCGCGGGGGCGCAGGGCCGCCGCCGUGCGCCUGCCGGACCUUCUUCCGCGUGUGCCUCAAGCACUACCAGGCCAGCGUGUCCCCCGAGCCGCCCUGCACCUACGGCAGCGUCGUCACCCCCGUGCUGGGCGUCGACUCCUUCAGCCUGCCCGACGGCGCGGGCGCCGACCCCGCGUUCAGCAACCCCAUCCGCUUCCCCUUCGGCUUCACCUGGCCGGGCACCUUCUCUCUGAUUAUUGAAGCUCUCCACACAGAUUCUCCUGAUGACCUCGCAACAGAAAACCCAGAAAGACUCAUCAGCCGCCUGACCACCCAGAGGCACCUGACGGUGGGCGAGGAGUGGUCCCAGGACCUGCACAGCAGCGGCCGCACGGAUCUCAAGUACUCCUACCGCUUCGUGUGUGAUGAACACUACUAUGGAGAGGGUUGCUCCGUUUUCUGCCGCCCCCGGGACGAUGCCUUCGGCCACUUCACCUGUGGGGAGCGUGGGGAGAAAGUGUGCAACCCUGGCUGGAAAGGGCCCUACUGCACAGAGCCGAUCUGCCUGCCGGGAUGUGAUGAGCAGCAUGGAUUUUGUGACAAGCCAGGGGAAUGCAAGUGCAGAGUGGGUUGGCAGGGCCGGUACUGUGACGAGUGCAUCCGCUAUCCAGGCUGUCUCCAUGGCACCUGCCAGCAGCCCUGGCAGUGCAACUGCCAGGAAGGCUGGGGGGGCCUUUUCUGCAACCAGGACCUGAACUACUGCACACACCAUAAGCCCUGCAAGAAUGGGGCCACCUGCACCAACACGGGCCAGGGGAGCUACACUUGCUCCUGCCGGCCUGGGUACACAGGUGCCACCUGCGAGCUGGGGAUCGACGAGUGUGACCCCAGCCCUUGCAAGAAUGGAGGGAGCUGCACGGAUCUUGAGAACAGCUAUUCCUGUACCUGCCCACCUGGCUUCUAUGGCAAAAUCUGUGAAUUGAGUGCUAUGACCUGUGCGGACGGCCCUUGCUUUAACGGGGGCCGGUGCUCAGACAGCCCCGAUGGAGGGUACAGCUGCCGCUGCCCCGUGGGCUACUCCGGCUUCAACUGUGAGAAGAAAAUUGACUACUGCAGUUCUUCACCCUGUUCUAAUGGCGCCAAGUGUGUGGACCUCGGCGAUGCCUACUUGUGCCGCUGCCAGGCCGGCUUCUCUGGGAGGCACUGUGACAACAACGUGGACGACUGCGCCUCCGCCCCAUGCGCCAACGGGGGCACCUGCCGGGACGGCGUGAACGACUUCUCCUGCACCUGCCCGCCCGGCUACACGGGCAGGAACUGCAGUGCCCCUGUCAGCAGGUGCGAGCACGCACCCUGCCACAAUGGGGCCACCUGCCACGAGAGGGGCCACCGCUACGUGUGCGAGUGUGCCCGGGGCUACGGGGGUCCCAACUGCCAGUUCCUGCUCCCCGAGCUGCCCCCGGGCCCAGCGGUGGUGGACCUCACUGAGAAGCUAGAGGGCCAGGGUGGGCCAUUCCCCUGGGUGGCCGUGUGCGCCGGGGUUGUCCUUGUCCUCAUGCUGCUGCUGGGCUGUGCUGCCGUGGUGGUCUGCGUCCGGCUGAGGCUGCAGAAGCGCCGGCCCCCAGCCGACCCUUGCCGGGGGGAGACGGAGACUAUGAACAACCUGGCCAACUGCCAGCGUGAGAAGGACAUCUCAGUCAGCGUCAUCGGGGCCACGCAGAUCAAAAACACCAACAAGAAGGCGGACUUCCACGGGGACCACAGUGCUGACAAGAACGGCUUCAAGGCGCGCUACCCCGCGGUGGACUAUAACCUGGUGCAGGACCUCAAGGGUGACGACGCCGCCGUCAGGGACGCGCACAGCAAGCGUGACACCAAGUGCCAGCCCCAGGGCUCCUCAGGAGAGGAGAAGGGGACCCCGACCACACUCAGGGGUGGAGAAGCAUCGGAAAGAAAAAGGCCGGACUCGGGCUGUUCGACUUCAAAAGACACGAAGUACCAGUCGGUGUACGUCAUAUCCGAGGAGAAGGACGAGUGCGUCAUAGCAACUGAGGUGUAAAAUGGAAGUGAGAUGGCAAGAUUCCUGUUUCUCUUAAAAUAAGUAAAAUUCCAAGGAUAUAUGCCCCAACGAAUGCUGCUGAAGAGGAGGGAGGCCUCGUGGACUGCUGCUGAGAAACUGAGUUCAGACCGAGCAGGUUCUCCUCCUGAGGUCCUCGACGCCUGCCGACAGCCUGCCACGGCCCGGCCGCCUGUGGCUCUGCCUUCCGUGACGUCGCCGUUGCACUAUGGACAGUUGCUCUUAAGAGAAUAUAUAUUUAAAUGGGUGAACUGAAUUACGCAUAAGAAGCAUGCACUGCCUGAAGUGUAUAUUUUGGAUUCUUAUGAGCCAGUCUUUUCUUGAAUUAGAAACACAAACACUGCCUUUAUUGUCCUUUUUGAUACGAAAAUGUGCUUUUUCUAGAUGGAAAAGAUGUGUGUUAUUUUUUGGAUUUGUAAAAAUAUUUUUCAUGAUAUCUGUAAAGCUUGAGUAUUUUGUGAUGUUCAUUUUUUAUAAUUUAAAUUUUGGUAAAUAUGUACAAAGGCACUUCGGGUCUAUGUGACUAUAUUUUUUGUAUAUAAAUGUAUUUAUGGAAUAUUGUGCAAAUGUUAUUUGAGUUUUUUACUGUUUUGUUAAUGAAGAAAUUCCUUUUUAAAAUAUUUUUCCAAAAUAAAUUUUAUGAAUGACAA